GGGUUUGUACUCUGUAUCACAGCCACAGUCAGUAGUGUUACACGACUGCGGACGAAACACGGACGCGUUGGGAAAGUUGAGAGCGAGUAAAAGUGCGCGAAGUUGGUGCGCAGACGACAAGGAUCGCAAUAAAGAUGCUUUAUUCUUGGAUAUUACUAUCCCUGCUGGCGCUGGGCAGUCAGGGUCACGCUACAGACGAACGCUCAGAUUUCUGUGACGCUGACGGGGGAACGUGGAGCUGCUUGCUGAAUGAGUGGGCGGUCACUGCUUCGGCCAGUAACGACACGCAUUGCAGGAGAGGUCGCGUCAUGUCCUUACCUCCAACCAAGGGCUACUACGUGACGGACCGCAUGGACCCGCCGCCGCACCACCCGCACGGGGCUCACAGCCACCACCUGCACCCGCACGCUCCGCCGAAGGCCGCGUACUACGAGGAGUGGCAGGCGUCCCCGCCGCCCCCUGGAGCAGGGAAGAUCGUGAAUAGACCGCCCAAUCCGUACAAGGAUCAGUUCAGGCCAAGCUAUCCGGCCCCAUCCCCCAACCAGCCAAUACCGCUCCCCCCCCAGUACCCGCGCCCCGCAGCGGACCGCGUGGAUGAGCCCCCCCCGCCGCCCCCUCCCAAGCGGGUCACCGAGACAGACCUGUAUCUGCUGACAGCCAUAGAGAAGCUAGUCUUCCGAGUGGAUCUCAUGGAGAAACGGCUGAGAAAGCUGGAAGAGAGUGUCCAUUAUCUAGUAGCAGGAAAAGAACCUCAACCAGAGCCGUGCCCAGAAGAGUUCAUUCGCGUGGGGUCCACGUGUUACCAUUUCUCGUCUGAGUCGCUGGACUGGAAGAGCGCCAACCUGCGCUGCCGCAAGCUGAGCGGACACCUGCUGGAGUUCCGCUCCACCGACCAGCGCAGGCAGAUGCACUCCGCGCUACUCGCUGACAAGAGACGGAGAGGCGACGACUGGUGGACAGGCGGGCUCAACCCCGGCCUGCUGUGGAUCUGGUCUCACUCAGCGCGGCCCGUGCUCAACGACACCAGCAGCAACUCCACGGCCACUCAGAGCGCGAACAGUAUCGCCGGUGACGGCCGAUGCCUGGCCUUGGUCCACAACCCCGGGGUCUCGGCCUACGUGUACAGAGGACAGGAUUGCGCCAUGAGAAUAAGAUAUAUCUGCGAGAGGGGGGACGAUGCUGCAAGGUUGAGCAACGAAAUUGAAAAGACCGCCAAACAACUAGAGGAUACCAGUAAUGUUCUGAAGAAGGUGCAAACGACGAAGUUAGCGGCCGACAAGACGGAGAAGGUACAGAAAACGGAGAAGCCAGCGGAGAAAGCUGACAAUCAACUCAAUGUCCAAGCCUUGUAGACAGUUUCACGAAAAUAUCGUGUGGAUAUAAUAAGUAUCUAUUUUGUACCAUUCUAUAUACCUAAGCAUGAUAAGCGUACUUUCACAUAUUCAAAGUUCAUUGAACUCGUGUGAAGUUGAUAGACAAAACCCGGGCAUACCAAAUGCCUGCGCAGCACUUUUGCUGCUCGAUCGUAUGGAAUUGCACGGGUCUCUGUGCCCAGUCGCACUUAUAUGACUUCGUAUCCUUAUACAUAGAUAAUAUGACAUGAUAAAACAUGAAGACCCACGUGUCUUCAUAACUUUUAAGUAGAUAAACCACACCGUUCAGUUAUUGAUUGUUGAAUAACCUAGUCACAAGGAACUGUAACGAGAUCUAUAUUUGUGGUAGUAAUACUCUACUGCAGAAUAUUUUAUUGUGCAUUAGUUAUCGUCCCAAAGCUAUUAAUUUAUUUAUUUAUUAGGAAUAAGAGUAAAACCAAACGUAUUGUCGUAAUAUCUUAUUAUUCUAAAAUAUUUACAAUUUAUAAGAAUCACAACAAAUUAACUUAAAAUAAAUAUUUAUUAUGACUGCUAUUUCGCAACGUAACCAAAUAUUGUCAAAGCGCGUUCUUAGCAAAAUUUCAAGUGUUGCCACUUUUUAAAUACCCAGUAGCGAUGUUUCCAACACAUAUAAGCGAAAUAUUGCCUAAAACGUGCUUUGCGUUAUCAUAUUCUAUUAGUGAGUCUUAAGUUAGAUACAAAAGUAUAUAAUGUGACACAAACAGUAGAAAAUUUACCAAAAUUAAUAGUUAUAGAAAUAUAGAUAUACCAACUAAAAAACGAUUGAAAUGAUUUAAUGCUACGAGAUUGAAUGGGA